AUCCUUCUUUUUGUAUUACCAAGAGAAGGAGAAGGACAAGGCUAAGGAGAAGAUGAAGAUGCCAUGCAAAAGACUAGUGUUUGUGCUUUUGGUAGGGUUGUCGUGUGCGAGCAUGGAGGUGAGAUCACAGCUGAGCCCUACGUUCUACUCGCAGAGUUGCCCAAACCUGCUCAGAGUGGUGCGGAGAGAGGUUGCGGCUGCAGUCUGCAACGAGACGAGGAUGGCAGCUUCUCUGCUCAGGCUUCACUUCCAUGACUGCUUCGUCAACGGCUGCGAUGGCUCCGUUCUCCUGGACGGGAGCGACGGCGAGAAGUUCGCGAACCCGAACCGCAACUCCGCGAGAGGCUUCGAGGUCGUAGACGCCAUCAAAGCUGCAGUGGAGAGCGAGUGCAACGCCACGGUGUCCUGCGCGGAUAUACUGGCCAUAGCCGCAAGAGACUCGGUCGUCCUGAGCGGUGGUCCUUCAUGGAGAGUCCUGCUCGGCAGAAGAGAUGGCUUGGUGGCCAACCAAACAGGAGCUAACGCCAACCUUCCUUCUCCGUUCGACUCGAUCAAUUCGAUCAUAUCGAAAUUCGCCGCUGUCGGCCUCAACACCACCGACGUCGUCGCCUUAUCAGGUGGGCAUACGAUCGGUUUGGCCCGGUGUGCGACGUUUUCGAACCGACUGUUCGGCUUCUCGGAGACGAGCUCGGUGGACCCGACGCUGGACUCGAGCUUGGCGUCUGCCCUGCAGAACCUCUGCCCGCAGUCGGCCGACGGCAACGACACCACCGGCCUCGACCGCAACUCCACCUUCGCCUUCGACAACCACUACUUCACCAACUUGGUGAGACAGAGGGGUAUCUUGUCGUCGGACCAAGGGCUGUUCUCCAGCGACGAAGGGGUGGCGGCGGCGACGAGGGAGUUGGUGUUGAAGUACGACAACAGCACUUGGGCGUUCUUUUGCGACUUCGCCAACUCCAUGAUCAAGAUGGGCAGCAUCACCCCACUCACUGGCUCUGAUGGACAGAUCAGAAGCAACUGCAGGGUGGUGAACUAAUUAAUUAAAAGAUUUAGAUGAAGUUUAUGGAAUUAAUUAAGGCCGGCGAUGUUACAAUCUUUUGCAAUUGUGUGCUAGCUAACUGUAGUCUUAAUUGUAUUUGCUAAUUAAGAACUAAUAUAUAGAAAAAUAAAC